AUGAUUAAACAACAGCAAACACAGCAACUUAAGGCGCAAAGCACCCAGGUCCUUCAGACCAUUACAUACGCCACAUAUGCAUAUAAUUCAAAGACGGCAGAACAAACACAAAGGUUGAAAUAUGGAGAUUUGGAGAUAGUAUUGAAAAAUGACCAUUUCGAAUUCGUUUGCAAAGGUGGUGCAGUGAUAUCAAAUAUAAAAGAAAUUUUAUUUAUGAAUUCAAAAAUUAAAGGAAUAACGGAUGAUAUAACAUCAAUUCCACCAGAAGAACAAAGAUAUUACGCAUUAAAUGCAUUUCCUAAAGUUUUGAAGAUUGGAAGAUUUAAUUUAAAUGAGGAAUUCAUAAAAGGUUUCCUAAAUGACAUAAUGAAGAAAGCAGAUAAGGAAUAUGUGGUUAGUGAGUUAAUGAAGAAAGCAGAUAAGGAAUAUGUGGCUAGUGAGUUAAUGAAGAAAGCAGAUAAGGAAUAUGUGGCUAGUGAGUUAAUGAAGAAAGUAGAUAAGGAAUAUGUGGCUAGUGAGUUAAUGAAGAAAGUAGAUAAGGAAUAUGUGGCUAGUGAGUUAAUGAAGAAAGUAGAUAAGGAAUAUGUGGCUAGUGAGUUAAUGAAGAAAGCAGAUAAGGAAUAUGUGGCUAGUGAGUUAAUGAAGAAAGUAGAUAAGGAAUAUGUGGUUAGUGAGUUAAUGAAGAAAGCAGAUAAGGAAUAUGUGGCUAGUGAGUUAAUGAAGAAAGCAGAUAAGGAAUAUGUGGCUAGUGAGUUAAUGAAGAAAGUAGAUAAGGAAUAUGUGGCUAGUGAGUUAAUGAAGAAAGUAGAUAAGGAAUAUGUGGCUAGUGAGUUAAUGAAGAAAGCAGAUAAGGAAUAUGUGGCUAGUGAGUUAAUGAAGAAAGCAGAUAAGGAAUAUGUGGCUAGUGAGUUAAUGAAGAAAGUAGAUAAGGAAUAUGUGGUUAGUGAGUUAAUGAAGAAAGCAGAUAAGGAAUAUGUGGCUAGUGAGUUAAUGAAGAAAGCAGAUAAGGAAUAUGUGGCUAGUGAGUUAAUGAAGAAAGCAGAUAAGGAAUAUGUGGUUAGUGAGUUAAUGAAGAAAGUAGAUAAGGAAUAUGUGGCUAGUGAGUUAAUGAAGAAAGCAGAUAAGGAAUAUGUGGCUAGUGAGUUAAUGAAGAAAGUAGAUAAGGAAUAUGUGGCUAGUGAGUUAAUGAAGAAAGUAGAUAAGGAAUAUGUGGCUAGUGAGUUAAUGAAGAAAGUAGAUAAGGAAUAUGUGGCUAGUGAGUUAAUGAAGAAAGCAGAUAAGGAAUAUGUGGCUAGUGAGUUAAUGAAGAAAGUAGAUAAGGAAUA